AUGGCCUCUACAGAAGAUCCCCAGAAACAUGCUCCCUCGAAUGGAGAUGCCCCCGAACCAGCGCAGUCGUGGACAUAUCCUACACGAACGUGUCGACUCUGUCUCGAGGAGGUCCCCGCCACAGUUACUCUCUACCCUCCCGGGCUCCCGCCUGCCUUUCAACGCCCCGUUGUUGAGUACAAAAAUGAAGAUGAAUACGGCCGGCUGAUCAAGCCGUGCCAUUGCAGAGGAGGCAUGCGGUACAUACACGAGCUCUGUCUGAGGCGAUCAAGGACAGAGGGCGUUCGACCCGGCUCGCUCUGGAAAUGCCACGAAUGUGGGUAUCAGUUCAACUUCAACAGGCUCACCGUCCAGAAAUACCUCGGCAGCAGGACAGCUUCGGGAGCUUUGACGGCAUUUGUCAUGCUGGUGAUUGUGUUUCUGCUGGGAUUUAUUGCAGACCCCAUCCUCAACCUGUACACCGAUCCCUACGAGACAAUCGUCGGCCAUGAGGAUGUCUGGCAAGCCGUUGAUGUCAAUGACUCCAAGGGAAGCCUAUCCGGCUGGGCUCAACAUUUUACAAAGGGACUGGUUUCGAUGGGCGUGCUAAGCUUCUUGAGGACCAUGAUUCUGAACCCUUUCCAAUGGUGGAAUCUCAGAAAUACCGGCCUUGUCACUGGCAGAGUAUCUGGGAGAUCUGCUACUGGUCGUGACCGCGCUGUGAACAUCAGCUGGAUCGUGGUGGCUAUGGGUAUCCUGUCGGCAUCGUAUUUCUUCUAUCAGUGGGUGCAAACGAUCAUUGGCAAAUCACUUCAACGCAUAGGGAACAACAUCGUUGACACGCAGCUUCCGGGGGACGAUGACGAUAUCAAACCGCCGCCUGGGUUUAAAUUCGAAAACAGCCAACCGGUUGAUAACAGUCCUGAGGCAGGGCCCCACCAGGAUGACAAUCUGCAAACAAACCAACAUGAGGAAAUAGCCAAAGGAGAGGACUCAGAUGAUCCUCCCAUCCAACCGGCUGUCAUGCCUGGGACUUGGGAGUCACGUGGAUACAGCUCCGCGUUGGACGAUGCUCAGAGGCAAGGCUGGUCAUUUAGAGGGCUCUAA